UAUCCUGUCUAGGCUUCUAAACAUUCAGUAGUUUUAAAGCUGUGACUCUCUGAUAUGGUAAUAUAUAAUGUAUUUUCACUAGAACAUUCGUCCCAAAGGCUUAGGAAUAUCUUUUUGUUCAACUUUGUGUUCAAUUUGUUUAAAUUUCUUUGUGUUCAACUGAAGUUAAUAACCGUACAGGUCGUGAAUUGACACACGAAGCGGCUUUCACGACUCAUAACCAGCCAUCAAUCCGGUCUGUUUAACUUUCGCGUUUCUCUUUAUCCUUUCAAUUACUCGUGCAUUGUUUUUGUUAGUUAAAAUUUAAAAGUGAAAAUGCCGGAACUAGUUCAGCCAUGAUGGGUCGAUUAUUUAUAUUCGCCACGUUGAUUUACAUUAUUUAUGAUAAUUUAGUCAUAUUUAACCAGACAUUUACGUCAUCGUAAACAUUGAGAACAGGAAAUGAGAUUUUGCUAAGAUCAAAGAUAGUAUUAUUGAACUGACUUUGUUGUUAUAUACACGAUUUUUGCCGAUCUUUGACCGAACUUCUACAUUACUUUAUAAAAUCGCUUAGCAGCUUCGUAAAUCGAGCAAUAUGCCUGUCGCAUACUUGACGAGAAAGGUGAAAAUCAGCUCGUCACAUAGACUUCACAACGAGAACUUGUCUGCCGAAGAAAACCGAAAGAUUUAUGGCAAAUGUAAUAAUCCGAACGGUCACGGACAUAACUACACGUUCGAAGUAACAGUGAAAGGCCAAAUCGAUUCAAGAACCGGUUUUGUUAUGAAUUUAUCCACAUUGAAAGAGUAUUUGAACCGAGCUAUUGUCGAGCCUUUAGAUCACAAGUGUAUUGACAAAGACGUGGCGUAUUUUGAGAAUGUUGUGAGCACGACAGAGAAUCUAGCGGUGUUUGCUUGGAAUAAUUUAUCUGUUGUUGCCUAGCGGUUUGUUGUACGAAGUUAAAAUCCACGAAACAGACAGUAACACGGUUUUCUACAGAGGAGAGGAAGCCUAUUGUUAAGAAUGCAAAGAAUAGC